AUGGAUUGGCGUGAGAAGCUUUUCGGCAGGGCACUCGUUAAAUGCGAUUCGCCGGGGACGCAGAGCGGGCAAUUCGAGAAUGUGCCGACUUUGGAAGCUUUGGGGGACUGCGUUGAAGAGGGGGAGGGGGCGGUUUGCGGGAUCUACUUCUCGUUUGCGAACAUCAGCGAUACGAGUGACGAUUUCGGUGUCAGGCUGGAGGAGGUGUACAAGAAGGUGCAGCCGCGUCUGAGAGUCGUUCAGGUCGUGUUGUGGGCGCACGUCGGCACGCCGGAGGGGCCCGUGGAGCGAGAGGCCGGGUUCCGUCGCAGCCUCACAGGGAAACCGUGGUUCGCGGUGCCCUUCCACGACGUCGACAUAAAGCGCCGCCUCACGCAGAAGUACAGCAUAGCCGUGGGCGUGCCAACCCUGGUCAUCCGCGGCAGGGCUGUCCGCGACGCGCUCCUGAGUGACCCGGCUGGUGAGAGGUUCCCCUGGCCGGCGCCCCCGUUGCAAGACGUGCUGCGCGGAGUGCAGCUGCAGGGGGCGAACGGCUGCAGACUGUUCGAAGAGCUGCCCGCCGAUGCGGUCAGGGUGUUCUACUUCGCCGCCCAUUGGUGCCCCCCCUGCCGCACGUUCGCGCCCAGCCUCUGCGCAGCGCUCACCGCGGUGCGGAAGCGCAGGGCGAAAUACGCGAACACUCAGCUGAUCCUAGUCUCCAGUGACAGGAGCGAGCAGUCGUACCAGCGCACGGUGUCGUCGGUGAGCGCUGCGGGCGCCCUCGCCGUGCCCUGGGCGGCGGCAGAAGCGCGCCUGGCGCUGCCGACGGCGCUCGGCGUCGCCGGCAUACCGGCUCUAGUGCUCACCGACCCCAGCGGAAAGGUGCUCACCGCCAACGGCCGUCAGCACUUGGCGGCCGACCCUAUAGGACUGAACUUCCCGUGGGCCCACCGUCCGGUGUCGUUGCUGACUGAACAGUCGCUGCUCAAGAUGGCGCGUCACCCGGCCGUCGUGCUUUUCAUUGACGACGAGGACGCGGAGAUAGAGUUCUCCGAAUCGGUGCUCACCCCAUCGGCGGAGUCGUACUACGAGGAGUGCAGCAUCCAGUACCCGGGCUUCUGCCCCUACCAGAACUCGUCCGACGACGAGACCAUGGACUUCGACUACACCGCGCCCCGCUCCAGGGCGAAGAAGAAGUUCUUCAGGCACGUGAUGUUCUACAUCGGGAUAGACGGCAGCGACAGCGCGGACAUGCUGCGCGAGCACAUAGGCCUGGACGACGCGGUGCCGCUGCUCACCGCAAUAGACUUCCCCAAGCAGAGGAUGGUCACGAUGAAGUACGGCGACGAGAUCACCACCGACUCCGUGCAGAACUUCGUGGACGCCUACCUGAGCGGGAACGCGGACUUCAAGCCGACCAAGCCGUACACCGAGAAGUGC